UUUUCGUGGUGGCUGGCUUUGCAGGGGCUGCUCGCUUGCAGCCCGAGACGCCGCUUUUUUUCCGGGUUCGGAGACGUUCCGGAUGCUUUAAGUGCCGGAUGACUGAUCUCCGGAUACCUGAGGCGUUUCUGUACAUGGAUUAUCUGUGUUUCCGAGCACUGUGCUGCAAGGGACCGCCACCCGCACGGCCGGAGUAUGACCUGGUGUGCAUAGGGCUCUCGGGCUCCGGCAAGACCAGCCUGCUGUCCCAGCUCUGCAGCGAGAGCCCCGAGCACGUUGUGGCGACCACAGGGUUCAGCAUCAAAGCCGUGCCGUUCCAGAAUGCCAUCCUGAACGUCAAAGAACUUGGAGGGGCCGAUCACAUCCGGAAGUACUGGAGCCGCUACUACCAAGGGUCUCAAGGGGUGAUCUUCGUGCUGGACAGCGCGUCCUCGGAGGGCGACCUGGAGGCGGCGCGGAGCGAGCUGCACUCGGCCCUGCAGCACCCGCAGCUCUGCACCCUGCCCUUCCUCAUCCUGGCCAAUCACCAGGACAAGCCGGCUGCCCGCUCCGUGCAAGAGGUCAAAAAAUACUUUGAACUUGAACCCCUGGCCCGUGGCAAACGCUGGAUUCUGCAGCCCUGCUGUCUGGACAACGUGGAGGCCUUGAAAGACAGCUUCUGCCAGCUGAUUCGCUUGUUAGAGGAGAAAGACCACGACGCCACAAGAAUGUGAAGCCCGGCAGAGCAGACGGGGCCCCGGAGGCCUUGAACCUGCCUUGUUAGUGUCUCAUUUUAACGUUAUUUUGGUAUCAAGACGUCAUUAUGGUGGCCUCGGUGUCUGUCUCCCCACCCCCGUAAUCUCAGACUCUCCUCUCUGUCGGAGCCAGCGCUCCGCACGCCGUGGAGUCGCGUCAGCACACACACUACUGAGAGAACUCACUCUCCCUUCACCACUGACCCUCCGCGCACGGCUCUUCCCUCUGUCGUCUCGGCCCCUCCGGGCGCGGAGACGCAUGGAGCUCGGGGCUCCCAGAAACCUGCUCCCCAGUGACGGACUUGGGGAGACCCAGAGCCCUGGCCCAGCCUCCCUUGGCUCAGGGCGGGGUGUUAUGCGCCUGGGCCCCCCGAAUAUGUGCACCAUAUGCAAGAUCUCUUGGGGUUUUUUAUUUUAUUUUUAUCUCGUGUUUUUUCACUUUUUGUAUACUGGCCUUACAGGUCAUGGGAGAAAAACAAGCACCAGACCCUUCCAUCACUCUCCUUACCAGAAAGGGACCCCGCCUUGCCGAAACUGACCGGGAGAGCCGAGGGACCCGCUGAGGGGCAGAGCCCUUGGCUGUGCUUGGGGAAGAGGGCGGGGAGGGCGGGGCCGGCGGGCCGACGCGGCAUCGCUGAUGACCAUGUCAUCGGGGCCGCAGAUCCUUUAUCAAUGGAAAGACCAUCCUGCAUGAAGUCAGGUAUCUUUUUCUAAAAGUCUUGUAUCUAGUCAAAAUAGGAAAAAUAAUUUUUACAAAAACAGAUGAAAUUUUUAAUAACCGCCGAGUGAAGUCCGGCACAGGUGGCCGAGGUGGGUGCCAGCGUGGGUUUGGCCUUGGCCUCUGCGCUCCAGUCACGGAGGCCGUCGUGGCCCCGGGAGCCGGUCAGGGCCCCCGCCUCGCACUGCGGGGCCCGUCCGGGUUUCUCUGACAAACCUCUGUUUUCAGGGUUUCCACGUGCUCGGCUGCACCAAGUGAAUAAUUUUAGGGCCCAGAUUUCAUCUUGGGAACAAAAUUUUUUUCAUCUAAUUUAAAUAAUAAAAUUACAUAGAAAUAAAUGUACAGUUUUACUGGAGUUUGGCUCCUUCGACCUUUUCUAAAUCAAGAAUAAUCUAUGGAUAUUGAGGUUUAUGGCCGAAAUACUCUUUGGGACAUUUUUGUGGAUUUUUGACCGCUUAAAAUACUCAGUGGCCCGAUGACAGCAAACUGCUCCCUUCACCUGAGCAAUAAAAGCCUGUUUUCGAUUUCUGGGUGGCCUGGCUGAUUCCCAAACCCCACAGCCUCACCCCGUGCCACAGAGAUGCCCGGUCACCCCCCAGGAGACGUGCCGUUUCACUCUCACUUUCUUGGUGUCAUCUUGGGGGCGGAUUUUAAUGACCUUGUUACCUUUGAGACAUCAACCCCUUGUGUAAGCCUUUUUUGUAAUUGAGUGGAUCAAGAAGAUCCCCGGGCACUUUUGUCUGCAGCCUCCUUGACGGUUUUUACUCGGCGUGGUCGGGGAGCGGCAGGAAACUUUUCUUCCGAAGACCGGUUACAGGGCCCCUGCUUUGUUCUGUCCUGUGCGCUCCUCUCUGACAAAUAAACGACUGCCAGGCGUCGCCGCCUCUGCGAGUU